GUCGAUCACUGGACCGGCCAGAGGAGGCAUGUUCAAGCUGCCCACCCGGCCGCAACAUGCCCAGCCGAGUCCUUCCCCGCCAUCUCACUCGGAAGCUGCAUCCAUGCCCCCGUCUCCGUCAGGCUCAGAAGGGAUCAUCGAAGGAGCUCCUGCUCGUGACAGAGGAUGGGCAGCCGGUCUUCUCGCAGAAAACCCCUAUUUCUCUGCUGGCUUUGGACUCAUGGGUGUCGGCGCAGUGCUUGCUGUGGCACGCAAAGGGAUGGUCCAGGCAGCGACGAUGGCAAGACGAAGGAUGCUCGUCUCACUCGAGAUCUCCUCCAAAGAUCCCGCGUAUCUCUGGUUCCUCAAAUGGAUGGACGCCCAAACUUCGCCCAGCGCGCUAGCACAAGCGACUCGGUUCAACAGUCAUCAGCUUGCUGUCGAGACUUCGCAAGAGACGAGAGGUGACGGUGGCGCAGAGACGAGCUUCACGCUCGUGCCUGGGCCGGGCACACACUACCUGCGAUGGCGAAGUGCCUGGUUUCAGAUCAAGCGCGAAAGGGAUGGCAAAAUGAUGGACCUCACUUCUGGCACGCCCUGGGAGACAGUCACCCUCGUCACGCUGUCCCGAGAUCGACCGCUGUUUUCUGUCAUGCUCACAGAAGCGCGUGAGCUCGCAAAAGCCGCGCAAGUCGGCAAGACCGUCAUCUACACUGCUUGGGGCCCAGAGUGGCGACCUUUCGGACAGCCUAGAGCUCGGCGGUUGCUGGACAGCGUCGUGCUCGAUCAAGGCACGAAAGAGCGCAUCGUCGACGACGUCACCGACUUUAUGGCUCGCGGGACGUGGUAUGCUGAACGAGGCAUACCGUAUCGGCGUGGCUACUUGCUCCAUGGACCGCCAGGCUCUGGCAAGAGCUCCUUCAUUACUGCACUUGCCGGUAGUUUGGACUAUAACAUCUGCGUCCUCAACCUGUCCGAGCGAGGCUUGACCGACGACAAGCUCAACCAUCUGCUUGCGAACGCGCCUGAGCGUAGCAUCCUGCUACUUGAAGAUAUCGAUGCUGCUUUUGCCGGCCGCGAUCAGACCGCAGAAGGCGGCUUCAGAGGCAAUGUCACUUUCUCUGGACUAUUGAACGCGCUCGACGGCGUUGCAAGCUCAUCGGCUCAGCGUAUCAUGUUCAUGACGACCAAUCAUGUCGAACUGCUAGACCCUGCCCUCAUACGACCGGGCAGAGUAGACCUCCUGGAGCUGCUGGACGAUGCGACCUCUUACCAAGCUGGCGAGCUGUACAGUCGAUUCUACCGCGAUCAUCCAGAUGUCAGCUCCGAAGAUCUCACCCGAGCGCGCGAGCAAGUCGAACAGCUCAUCACAGACGGAGCCAAGAUCAGUAUGGCUGCCUUGCAAGGACACUUCAUUCGGCACGGGCCCCUCGAUGCGCUCACAGACUGGCGCGACCUCAUUGCGACAAGCGGACAACGCGAUCAAGAGCAGCAGCGACCAGAGUCGAACCGGAUUGCCAACGCACACAUCGAGCACGAAGCACUCCGGUCGAAGCUUGGGCAGUCCGCCCGGCCACACCGAUCACACAGGCGCAAAUGUCCCGGCCGCCAGACUUUGAAGCUCAUGCCGCAAUACUUUGCGCUACGGGAUAAGAUCGCAGGAGCUAAGCGGGGUUGCGCCACGAACAGACGCAAGUCGCUGUCAGCUACCGAUUGCUCUGCUGUGUCUGUCUGUUUGAUUGCUCGUCAUCAGGGCGUCCUCCGUCUUGUUGGACGAAGCCAUUUCAAAGAGGCCUCAGUACGGCAGUAG